UUGCUGUCGAGCUCAGACAGCGUCUCAUGCUCGUCUGUCGGCAUUUAUCAUAACACAGGAUGGGUGGAAAUCAGUCAGUGCCGAAGAUCACCGCACAGGACAAGGCAAUCUUGGACUUGAAGCUACAGCGUGAUAAGCUGAGGCAGUAUCAGAAGAAACUCCAGGCCGUCCUUGAUCGCGAGCAGGAGAUAGCCAAGCAGCACUUGGCCAAAGGCCAGAAAGAUCGUGCGCUUGUGGCCCUGAGGAGACGAAAGUAUCAAGAGACAUUACUAGUGAAGACGGAUGGUCAGCUAGAGAAUUUGGAGCAACUAGUCUCUACUAUCGAGUUCUCGCUCGUCGAGGUUUCAGUACUACAUGGGUUGAAGCAAGGGAAUGAAGUCUUGAAAGAGAUUCACAAAGAAAUGAAUCUAGACAGCGUCGAGAAACUCAUGGAGGAGACGGCAGAGGCUCGCGCAUAUCAACAGGAAAUCGGUGACAUGCUGGCCAAUAAUCUCUCCCUGGACGAAGAGGAUGCAGUGCAGGAGGAACUGAAGGCACUACAGGAACAGGCGAUGCUGGAGGAGGCACACAAGACAGUUUCUGGCCUUCCUUCCGCUCCAGUAACUCAACCUAUGCCAGCCGAUCGCGAAGACGUACUGGUGGCGCCUGAACCAGAACCUGAGCGUGAGCGAGAACGAGUGCCAGUAGCGGCGUGAGUGCUAGAGCUUUGUAUACACGUACGUAGACUUGAGACUGGACAUGGUUAUUUAUUUCAUCUAUGUAUAUUAAUCACUUUCAUCACGCUGAACUAUUACACCUGUU